AUGCAGGAGACUUUCGUGACUACGACAUACCCGGAAAUCGCAGACCCUGUCGACCCUUGCCGCAAUCUAACUCGAAUGGACCUGAUCAAACAGCGUGUCGUCUUUAGUAGCAACGUCUUUGCUAUCAACCUUGCCAUGUUGGUCUUCGCACUCUGGGCUCCCAGGGCUAUCUCCGGACGCUGGGUACUGUCAUUUAUUGUUUUCAUCAAGUCCAAGGAUUGCAUUUCAUCCCUCGUCAGUUGCGGGUACCUGAUUUACAAGGCAAUCAAGGAAUACUUCGUGCCGCCUCCACCGGUCGAGUCGAAAUGGAUUCUGUCACUGAUUCCUGCAUAUUCGGAGUCCGAAGAGAUGAUCAAGAACUGUGUCUUUUCAUUGCGAGACAACGACGCACAUCCGCACAAGCAAGUCAUGUGCAUUGUUCUGGAUGGCAAGCCGAGAGACGUCAAGCAGUACAUGCGUAUCACGACAACUUUCAAGCGCCAAUACGUCACGUCGAGAUUUAAGCGUAAUGAACUGGUUAUCACAGCCGGGUUCAUGGAAGACGUGCCGGUCAUUGUCUUUGAAAAGGUCAAGAACUCGGGCAAGAAGGAUUCACUCAUCUUGUGUCAUGACCUUUUCAACGUCAUGCGCGAGAACGCGCCUUUGUACACAAAGUUGCUACGCAAAGAGAUUGAGAAGAACGUUCUGCCUUCACUUGUUGGCGAGGACUUUCCUGGUUUCGAUAUGGUGUUCUGUACCGAUGCUGACUCGGUCAUCCACAAAGGUGCAGUCGCAGGUCUUGCGAACGCUCUCGUCCGUGACCCCAAGGCUAUCGCUUCUUGUGGCUUGGUGUUGGUAGAGCUUGAACCUGGUGCUGAAUGGUCCUACUGGAAUCUUUACCAGCAAUUUCAAUACAACUUUGGGCAGUUCGUGCGCCGACAAGCCGAAAGCGUAUGGGGCAAAGUAACUUGUCUUCCUGGGUGCAUCACUAUGGUUGCAGUGCGACCCGAGAUGGCAGGGGCGAUGACCAAAUACGCGGCACCCAUCACUGCAUACCCUGUGCUCUUGCACCAAGUUCAGUAUCUUGGAACCGACCGAAGACUGACGUACUCGAUGCUUUCGCAAAGCAAGGACCUACACACGGUGUUUGUACCGGACGCCGUCAGCGAGACAGUGGCUCCACAGUCACUCAAACACUACCUCAGUCAGCGGAGGCGAUGGGGUAGCAACGCAUAUUUCAACAACUACUUUUACAUGGCAGGCGAUAACAUGAUCUGGAUCACCCGGCUGUGGGCGUGCAUCGAAGUGACCAGACUCAGCCUGGUAUAUUACCGUGUGGCCAACACGAUUCUCUUCAUCUAUGGACUCAUCAGCAGCUUCAAUCUCAUGUCCAUCAUCCCACUACUGGUGGUUUCGCAACUGCCGACAAUCUGGUUCCUCGUCAACACAGCGACCAACAAGCAGCUCCGGCAGCGAGCACACAAGAUCUUGUUGGGAUUGGUCAUCAACAAAUUCAUGGCGCCCAUCAUGUCUGUUGCCGUGUUUACGAUUGUGGUCAAGAACCUGGGCUCACAAGCAUGGGGACUGACUCAUGGUGCAACAAGUGCAACACCAGCGGCAGCGGUCGAAGUGGCAUCGGCAGAAAAGGCGCAGACGCAGCAAGGACUUCUGGAGAAACUGGAGCCUCGCAACGGAUCGAUCAUGUCGAUCAUCACCGAGGAGUCAAGCAUUGGGUCAAACACGCCCAAAGCCAACUCGAUCAUCAGCCAAGAUAGAGAGGGCGAGUCGGAGGUCAACGAGAUUGACGAGGACGAGGCUCGAGAGAAGAUUGUGGGCCAUCUCGCAGCAGGCCUGUGA